AUGUGCAGCUGUUGCUGUGAGCCUCCUGUUGGGCAGUGGAUUGACAUUUAUGGGGGCCCUGUACGGCCGCGGCGCAGUGGGUUUGAGUGUCCUUUAGACGCCCUUCAGGUAAUAGCUUGGUCUGUCAUUGUCACGCUUGCUACGCUGCAUUUCACACUGCACGUUCCGAUGCUCGAUAGUUUGCUGGUUUGCAUAAUUUCCCCCAUUUCUGGCUUCUUAACAUUCACUACAGCGGCGCUGAAAUUAGCGCUUUCCUGUAGUCGGAUUGAGGACCCAAUUGUCUUUGCCACGGACGUUCCACGCUAUGCACAAGAGGAACUUGUGCAGGAAGCCGCCCCGCCUGGUACUGAGCCUUGCGUCUUUUGCAGACGCUUUGUUAUUUUGGGCAGCAAACACUGCAGUGUGUGUGACAAGUGUGUCCCCGGCUUCGACCACCACUGUCGUUGGCUGAACACGUGUGUAGGGGAGGGGAAUUAUGUCAUGUUCUGCUGCUUCAUGGGCACAGCAUGGUGUUCUAUCGCCCUUGUGUUCGGCGUUGGCAUUUACGUCAUCUCUAAUGCAUUUAUACACAAGCAGGACUUCAGUGACCGCCUCAAGGAGCGUUUUGGAGUCAGUAGCUACGUGACGUACAUGGUUUUUCUUUUUCUCACACUUGCGCUCUCCGCUGCUGGACUGGCCGCAUUGGGAAAUCUCAUAGUGUUUCAUAUCAAUCUCUGCUUAACCCGCCGAACCACGUACGAACACGUGCUGAGCAAACGUGCGAAAAGGCGUGAAAAGUUAUCGAAGCAGUCAAAGCCACUCGUCGCCACGGAUAGAAGUAAAGGGCCAUGCGGGUGCUUAGCAAUCCAGAAGCGUCGUGACUUUCGCCGAUAUAAAAAGAAUCCGGCAGGAAGUAGUGGUGCCGUUCCCGAUAUCGGGGUCCACAACCUUGGGGACAAUGCGACUGAUGGUGCCUACCCGAGUAGAGACACAAGCCAGCCGGGGGAGACAUGCGAGAUACGGGAAACUACAAGUGACCAUAAAGGCGGUGUGCGGUUAGAGAGAGAAACACAUGAUAACGAACCUAUUGCUUGA